AUGGACCUGCCCAAGUGGGUCCGCAAUCGGGGCAGGAGGCGAACCCUUCCCUUGCCCACCACAUCUCCACAGGUGCCUCUGCAUAAUAGGUAUGAGGCUCUAGAUGUGGAAGACAAGGUGAUGGGCAUUGACCCAUCCACAUCGGAGGAGGCACAAAGAUCAGAAGGACCUCCCUCUCAUAUUACUACCAGCUCCACAAGGAGGAAGAGACAAGUCAUAGUUGUAGGAGACUCCCAGCUGAGGGGAACUGAGGGUCCGAUAUGCCAGGCAGCCCCUCCUCUCAGGGAAGUCUGUUGCCUCCCGGGAACACGGGUCAAGGACAUUGCUAGGAAACUUCCUAGACUGGUCCGACCCUCAGAUUAUUAUCCUCUGCUGCUCUUCCAUGUGGGUGCGGACGAAGUUGCAAGGACGGACUGGUCCGAGCCCUGGCUGGUGGGGCUGGCGGUUUUCCACCUCCUCUGCUUCCUCCUGACGUGCGUCUCUUUCCAGCACUACCGGGUGCAAGUGGGGCACUUCCUCCUCAUGGUGGGCUUAGUGUACUGCGCUGAAUAUAUAAAUGAAUUGGCAGCCAUGAAUUGGAGGCUAUUUUCUAAAUACCAAUACUUUGAUUCAAGAGGAAUGUUUAUUUCACUAGUGUUUUCAGCACCACUGCUGGUGAAUACUAUUAUAAUUGUGGUCACCUGGGUUUACAGAACUUUGAAUGUAAUGACUGAACUGAAGACACUACAGCGGAGAAUGAAAGCAGAAAAAGAGAAAAAGAAGUGAAAGUGCCUAACACUAUUAAAUUGUAAGAUUACUUGUCCAGGUAGUCAGUUCUUCU